GGCGGGCCGCAGACCCUGACUGCGCUUUCGCACCGGGGACGCUGAUCCCGGAGGCGUCUGGCCGGCCACAGGGCCGGGGUGCACAGGCGGCGGCACCAUGUUCUCCCUCAAGCCGCCCAGACCGAGCUUCAGGUCCUACCUCCUGCCGCCGCCCCAGAUUGACGAUAAGAGCAGUUCCGAACCGAAGAUUAAAAAACUGGAGCCAGUCCUUUUGCCAGGAGAAAUUGUUGUAAAUGAAGUCAAUUUUGUGAGAAAAUGCAUUGCAACAGACACAAGCCAGUAUGAUUUGUGGGGAAAGUUGAUAUGCAGUAACUUCAAAAUCUCCUUCAUUACAGAUGAUCCAAUGCCAUUACAGAAAUUCCAUUACAGAAACCUCCUUCUUGGAGAGCAUGAUGUCCCUUUGACAUGUAUUGAGCAGAUUGUGACAGUGAAUGACCACAAGAGGAAGCAGAAAGUCCUAGGUCCCAACCAGAAGCUGAAAUUUAAUCCAACAGAGUUAAUAAUUUAUUGUAAAGAUUUCCGAAUUGUCAGGUUUCGCUUCGAUGAAUCGGGUCCUGAAAGUGCCAAAAAGGUAUGCCUUGCAAUAGCUCAUUAUUCCCAGCCAACAGACCUCCAGCUACUCUUUGCAUUUGAAUAUGUUGGGAAAAAAUACCACAAUUCAGCCAGCAAAGUUAAUGGGGUGUCCUCAGGAGGUGGAGGAGUAUGGAGUGGAGCUGGCAGUGGCAGCAGCCAGAGAACGCCACUGUUUGAAACUUACUCAGACUGGGACAGAGAGAUCAAGAGGACAGGUGCUUCUGGAUGGAGAGUUUGCUCUAUCAAUGAGGGUUACAUGAUAUCAACUUGUCUUCCAGAAUACUUUGUUGUGCCAAGUUCAUUAGCAGACCAAGACCUGAAGAUCUUUUCCCAUUCUUUUGUUGGAAGAAGGAUGCCAUUCUGGUGCUGGAGCCACUCUAACGGCAGUGCUCUUGUGCGAAUGGCCCUCAUCAAAGAUGUGCUGCAGCAGAGGAAGAUUGACCAGAGGAUUUGUAAUGCGAUAACUAAAAGUCAUCCACAGAGAAGUGACGUAUACAAGUUAGAUCUGGAUAAAACCUUGCCCAGUAUCCAAGAAGUACAAGCGGCAUUUGUAAAACUUAAGCAACUGUGUGUAAAUGAGCCUUUUGAAGAAACUGAAGAGAAAUGGCUGUCCUCACUGGAAAGUACUCGGUGGUUAGAAUACAUCAGGGCUUUCCUUCAACACUCAGCAGAACUUGUGUACAUACUAGAUAGCCAACAUCUCUCUGUAGUCCUGCAAGAGGAGGAGGGAAGAGACUUGAGUUGUCUGGUAGCUUCCCUUGUUCAAGUGAUGAUGGAUCCGUAUUUCAGGACAAUUACUGGAUUUCAGAGCCUGAUACAGAAGGAGUGGGUCAUGGUAGGAUACCAGUUCCUAGACAGAUGCAACCACUUGAAGAGGUCAGAGAAAGAGUCUCCUUUAUUCUUGCUAUUCUUGGAUACCACAUGGCAGCUGUUAGAGCAAUAUCCAGCUGCCUUCGAAUUCUCCGAGACAUACUUAGCAGUGCUGUGUGACAGUACCCGGAUCUCACUGUUCGGCACAUUCCUGUUCAACUCUCCUCAUCAGCGGGUGAAGCAGAGCACGGAGUUUGCUAUCAGCAAAAAUAUUCAGUUGGGUGAUGAAAAGGGCUUGAAAUUCCCCUCGGUUUGGGACUGGGCUCUUCAGUUCACAGCAAAGGACCGGACCCUUUUCCACAACCCCUUCUACAUUGGCAGGAGCACGCCUUGCGUGCAGAAUGGCUCCAGGAAGACCUUCAAGCGCACAAAGAAAAGCUACAGCUCCACAUUGAGAGGAAUGCCGUCGUGCCUAAAGAAUGGAAUCAUCAGUGACCAAGAGCUGCUUCCGAGGAGAAACUCACUAAUACUGAAACUGAAAACAGACUCACUGCAGCACACUGACAGCCAGAAAAGUGGAGUGGAACAGUAUUUUAAAGAGUGGUUUUCCAGACCAGCCAACCUACAUGGCAUUAUCCUGCCACGUCUCUCUGGAACACACAUAAAACUGUGGAAAUUGUGCUACUUCCGCUGGGUCCCUGAGGCACAGAUCAACCUCGGGGGCUCCAUCAUGGCCUUCCACAAGCUCUCUGUGCUGGCUGAUGAGGUGGACAUGCUAGGCAGGAUGCUGAGGCAGCAUCGGAGUGGCCCUCUAGAAGCUUGCUACGCAGAGUUGGACCAGAGCAGGAUGUACUUCAGAGCUACAGGUCCACACGACACCCUGAGGACACCAGAGUUUCUCUCCUCUUCUUUUCCAUUUUCUCCUGUAGGAAAUCUGUGCAGACGCAGCAUUUUAGGGACACCAUUAAGCAAAUUUUUAAGUGGGGCCAAAAUAUGGUUAUCUACUGAGACAUUAACAAAUGAAGAGUGAACAAAGGUAUUUUCUGAACAUACUGUAAGAAGUUGUACAUUUCCCCCUAUGAACUGAAAUAGCUAAUCUAGGCACUUAAAAUGGUCAUUUUAUAUGUAAGAAAUUUGCACUAAUAUUUAAAAUUCAUUUAAUCAUGCUGCCUUCAGUUAUCCUAGGGGAAUGUGACUUUUGGGAUUUUUGUCCUCUGUCUGGCUCAUCUGGGUCAUCUGCCACACACAUUCCCCAUUGUUACACCUGUAAUCACAGUAGUGAGGUUUCUCUGCUGUGUGGAUUUUGUCAACAUCUAUUUUCCUUCUACCUAUUAAAGGUUAUCUGAUAGUCAGAUUACAACCAUAAGAAGGUGGAGAGGGAAGUUCAUAAAUUAGUAUGUAAAGCAUUUCCAGGACAUCUGAUAAAACUCCCAAUAGGCCUCAGUUGGCAUCUAUAUAUUUUUCUCUGGUUGAACUUAGCUAAUGAGGGUUUUGUGUUUUGGGGUUAGGCAUUAUUUUAAUUCACCUCAUUUAGGACCAUAGAUCACUGUGUUUCAAAAUCACAGAUUUGCUUUAGUUCCGUACACUAACUUUUAAAAAUGCACUGUAACUUUAAAGCAUUCAUUGUAGCUAAUUAAACCUAGAAGUGCCUUUGACAUUGAGAUAAGAGCAACAAAGUAUCUAGAAUAAGAAAGGGUAGUAGUCCCACUUUUUAGAGUUAGGGCAUUCAGACUCCACUGCAUAUUGGGAAUAGCUUCUUGCCAACAAGCUUUACCAAUAGACAGUAAUCUCCAGACCCACAAUUUUGUCCUUCAGGAAGUCACCCUGCAAUCUAUGGGGUGCAGCCCUUACAGGCUCUUUAGGCAUCAGAUGCACAGCUCCAGCUGUGGCUGAGGUGCCCAAUAAUGGACAGGAGCAUGCCACACUCUGAGCAUGGGCUGCUGGGAGUGCAUGAUCACAUCAGCUGGCAUGCUGAUAUAGGCCAGCACUCCUGCUAAGAAAUAACUGGUGGGGUUCCUGACAUGGACACAUGCACAGACUAGAGAAGAGGACUUCCCCAAUUAUUGCCAUUUUAAUGCACAGAGAUGCUCCCCCCCCCGCCCCCCGCUGGUUUAGGGGACAAUGGCAAGAGGGUGAGAAGCUCAUCUGAAGUCCUUGUUCCAAGUCACACUAAUCACCUGGCCAGCUUUACAAGGCCAAGUUCAGAAGCUCCCAAGUGUUGAUGUGGGGAGGGCUUCUUUUCCCCAUUUAAAGGUGGAUAAUUCAUAGUGGACAAUGGCAGUGUCUUAAAUCACCACCUUGGAUUUCAAAAUAUUUUAUAGUAAAGUGCUGAUUUAGUUGGUUUCUUUUCCUAAAACAGAAUUUCUCCAGAUAGUUUGACCUGUAUAUGUGCUGCAUAGCCAUUUCUUUUUUUACCUUUUCAAACUGUUUAAUGAUAUUUUUGCAUUUAACAGAGCAGAUGUUCUUAAAGGACUCCUAAGAAGUUCAGAUCUCAUGGCUAACCUAAUGUUUCCACCCAUCUGUCACCUACAGAAAAAGGGUUCUUGUUAACUUCUACAGAAAGCAUAUCAGCAGUGAGGAAGCUCAGUCCCUAGCUGCACAGCAGCCCUGGGCCCUGAGACAUGACGACACUCCCACUGGAACCUGACAGUAAUUCCCCCAUUUUCAUUAAGCUAUUGUGCUACUUCUAUAAAUUGUUCUAGAUUUAUUUGGGGGUUGAGAAUUCAUUUCUUGGUAAUUUUCAUCCCUUGCAUUUACUUCAACUCCUUUAAGAACUUUGUUUUUGUUAACUUACAAAAAGGUCAGGUACUAUUAACACUACUUUAUGAUGGAAAUUACAUAUUUUUGUACAGAAAUCAAUUAUAAAUGUUUGUACAUUUCCACUGGGUGGUUGUUAUAUCAUGAUUAUUGUGCCACAGCUUACUGUGCAUAUUUGUAAAACAGCUCCAAAGUCCUAGUGUGACCUAUGGUACAACUGCUUGUCACCUCUAUUAGCAAAAGUGACACUGUGGUGGCAGAAGAGGUAAGCAUGGCUGCAUGCAGCAUACCAAAGAGCUCAAUGCCCCUAUCUCCAAGGUCCUAUGGGCAGAGCCUGUGCUGUUGGUGCCAAUGCAAAGGCCGAUGACACUGGACAUUCUAGUGCUAACCCUAAAGGUGGGGUGUCUUACUGUUUUAUGAUGGGAACCAAUUCUAAAACCAAAAAUGCCUAACUUUAUAUAAGGAAAGGACAUUAAUUUGUACUGACAGAAGAUGAAAAAUAUUCAACACAUUUUUCAACAAGAUCUUCUUGCUGUUGCAGUAACCUCAAGUACUUAAGACUUGGUUUUGAGAUAAAAACCAAAACCUUUGUGCCUAAAUACAACUGAUGAGCUGAAAUAGGAUGAGCAGGUUGCCUGGAUACUGCUCAACAGAAAGGAUGUAAAGGGAAUUCUGACUGCUAAAUAAAAUUUCCAUUGAAACCA